AUGGGUUUCAUGAGACGCCUCCUCCGCCAGAAGAGCCCCAAGCGCAAAGAAGUGCGUACACGCGACGACUACCACGCCUUCCAGAGCACAUACAAUGGCCCGGACUGCACUGCACGGCUGGACGACAAGAUACUGCGGCGCAUCUUUGAGGAGGUCUGCCCGCAUGCCAUGGACGAGAGCUUCGACAGCAGCGAGGAGUCAGGCAACGAUGGCUGCAUGACUUGCGAUAUGCGCGACCUAGCACAUUGCGCCCUGACCAAACGGCAAUGGUAUAGUGUUGCCGCUGGGUUGCUAUACAAAAGCAUCCGAAUUGAUGCCGUCCACUACUGCGAGCUCGAGGAGGUGUACGCCGAACAACGCAAGCGCAAGUCCCGUAACGGCGAGGAAAUCGAUCCUCCGACGACGCGAUUGCUGCAGCUCUGUCGAACAGUGCGGGAUAACCACUACCUCGGCCAGCGUGUCCGCUUCCUCAAACUCCCCUACAUGACGCGCGAGUCCUGCAAGGCAGACCUUGCUCGAACCGUCUCCGUAUGCCCCAACCUCGAAUACGUCGACCUGCCCGACGGCUUCUACAACGGCGAUUCCACAUGCCACACCCUCCGCCAAGAGCUACAGGCGCGAUGCCCGCACAUCCGCAAGAUGAAGUUCAACGAAGGCGGCGAACAACUGCUCGACUCCAUCCUCCAAGGCGCCUUCCAGGAGCUCCGCGUCAUCGAAAUCUCCAAGAUCCAAAUCGAACCGAGCAUCCUCCGCCGCGUCCUCGGCCACCUGUCCUGGCUCAACGAAGUGUCCUUCUCCAACGUGUCCUGGCUCAACGAUUCCUUCUUCCACGCCGUCAACGGCAUUCCCGACUUCCCCGCCCUGGAUACCCUCCGUUUGAGCAAGAUCCGGAACCUCACCCCGCAGGGCCUGGAACAAUAUCUCUCCAAUCCACUAUGCCGCGACAUGCUCCGCACCUUGCACAUCAAAGAAUGCCCGCUCCUCACCGUGCCCACGCUCCACCUCAUCCUCCGCUCCGCCACGUCCCUCGAAACCCUCGAAUACAUCUCUACAGUCUCCACCUCCCUCCCCAUGGACCCCCUCCCACCACUCACCUCGCGCACCCUCCGCACCCUCAAAUUCGAAAUCCUCCCCUCACCGCAAACCGCAAACGUCAUGUACCCGCCUCAAGAAUCCCACUACCACUACCUCACCACCUCGCUCCUGUCCAACUCGCUCCCGCUCCUCCGCAAACUCUACGUCCGCGACCCCACCUUCCCGGAAUCCCUCACCAUCGCUCCCCCGAUCCGCCCCUUUGCGGAGUCGUCGCAGACCGCGCCGCCGCCCAGGGGCUUCACGCAACCCCUCGAGGUCUUCUCCAAGGGUACAGACGACCUCGAGUGGAUCUUCACGUCCAUCAUCCCGUUUGACGCGUCGACGGGCCGUCGCGGUAGCCUCAGCGGCGGCCGUCCCGUGUCGUCGUAUUCGGCGCACAGAGGGCUCGGGCCGCAGUGGGGUGGCGAGGCGCGCAAAUCGAUUGUCGUUCCCAAUGGGUUCGGGGGGUUCUUGGCCGUGCCGGCGGCGGACGAUGGGAGGCCCCGGAGCGCCGGGAGUUGGUCGCAUGGGGGUGGGGAGGGCGCGAGGCGGCUGCAGGGCCAUGGGUAUAGUAUGAGUAAUGGGAGUGUGAGGAGUAGUUUUUUCGGGGGCGCGGGGCGGGAGAGGAGGGGGAGUAGGGCGGAUUUGUGGAGGUAA